CAAGGCAAAAAAAGAAAAAAAAAAACUCUCUCGCUUUAAGCCGCGUGCAGGGUGACGAUUCCAAGCCGGGCAGCUUCUGGAAAUCAAGUGAGAAAAAGCAUAAAGAUGGCUGCUGAAGAUAUCGCACAGUUGGCAGAUUGCUUGGCAAAGGCAAAGGUUGGAGAAGGAGAGCUGAGCUUUAAAGGGAAAACACUAAAACUAAACACUGCCCAAGAUGCUGAAGAAGUAAUUCGGGAAAUUGAAGAAUUUGAAGGGCUGCAGGCUCUGCGUCUGGAAGGAAAUACUGUGGGAGUGGAGGCAGCUAAAGUAAUAGCCAAAGCUCUGGAAAAGAAAUCUGAUCUAAAGCGCUGCCACUGGAGUGAUAUGUUCACAGGGAGGUUGAGGUCCGAAAUUCCACCAGCUUUGAUAUCUCUUGGGGAUGCUUUGAUUACAGCUGGAGCUCAACUGACAGAGCUGGACUUAAGUGACAAUGCAUUUGGUCCUGAUGGAGUGCGUGGUUUUGAAGCUCUGCUCAAAAGUCCAACUUGUUUUACUCUACAGGAGCUUAAACUAAACAACUGUGGAAUGGGAAUUGGUGGAGGCAAGAUCCUGGCUGCAGCCCUAACUGAGUGCUACAAGAAGUCUAGUUCCCAUGGUAAGCCUCUGGCACUGAAAGUGUUCAUAGCAGGAAGGAACCGCUUGGAAAAUGAUGGUGCCACCGCACUGUCCGAGGCUUUUCGGCUCAUCGGCUCCUUGGAGGAGGUACACAUGCCCCAGAAUGGCAUUAACCAUGCUGGCAUCACUGCUUUGGCAGACUCAUUUAAAGCCAACUCUUUGCUGAAAGUGAUCAACCUUAAUGAUAAUACAUUCACAGAGAAGGGUGGCAUCGCUAUGGCUGAGGCGUUAAAGACACUCAGGCAAGUGGAAGUAAUCAAUUUUGGGGACUGUUUGGUCCGCUCAAAGGGAGCACAGGCUAUAGCAUCAGCACUAAAAGAAGGGCUUCAUAAAUUAAAGGAGCUUAACCUUUCCUUUUGUGAAAUUAAACGAGAUGCAGCUGUGAGCUUAGCAGAAUCUGUGGAAGAUAAGUCUGACUUAGAGAAAUUGGAUUUAAAUGGAAAUUGUCUUGGUGAGGGGGGGUGUGAGCAGGUGCAGGAAAUCUUGGAUGGCAUUAACAUGGCUAACAUACUAGGUUCUUUAAGUGAUGAUGAGGGUGAUGAAGAUGAAGACGAAGUGGAUGAUGAUGACGACGACGAUGAUGAUGAAGAUGAUGAUGACGAUGAUGAUGAUGAUGAAGAGGAAGUCGAGGAAGAAGAAGAAGAGGUGGAAGGAGGAGAUGAUGACGAUAAUGAAGAGAAGUCCAAAAAAAUUCUAUCACAUGCAUCAACACCCGCUUCUCCACCUAAACUUCCUGUUGAUGUAUCCACCUUUCUUAGCUUUCCUUCUCCAGAUAAACUUGUUCGCAUGGGUCCUAAACGUUCUACAAUGAUCGCACAGCAGGUCAAUGUUUCAGAUACAGAAAAGGUUGUUCAAGCUUUCAUCCAGGUCUCGUCAGUGUACAGGGAUGAGGGUGAAAUAAAGGCGGCUGUUGAAGAAACUAUUGAUGGUUUAAUGAAGGAGGCUUUUCAAAACACAGGUUUUCAAGCAUGUCUAUUUAUCACUAAUCUACUAGUGCAUAUGGGACUUCUUAAGAGUGAAGACAAAAUUAAAACAAUAACGCACUUAAAUGGCCCCUUGCUAACUCUGAAUCACAUGGUACAGCAGAAUUACUUCCCCAAGUCUCUUGUUCCUAUACUUCUGGCUUUCAUCUCAAAGCCCAACCGUGUCCUGGAAAAUAACGCCAGUGCCCGACACACGUUGCUGCACAACCUUCAUAAUCUGUAACCUGUUUUGCUUCAACUGGACUAAACGACCCAGCCCACGAAAUGUAAAAGCUCUCCAAAGCCCUGUUAUAUAAAAGCAAGGAUUUAUUAGGAUUUAUUUAUUGCUGGUGAAUAAGUUCCUUCUAGUCUUACCCAUGGGGGCCCCAUUCCAGUCUUUUUGUUUACAUAUGAAAAGAACCGUUCACCUCUCCGUACCUUGAGGACCCCGAGGCCCAGAUUUACACUCCAAUGGGGAAUUUUUAUAGGUCCAUCGAGCGUUGCCUCAUUGAAUAAUUUUACAUCUUUGGACAGUAGUUUCACGGAGUCUCUGUUUGAUGCCAUGUUAUUGGAUAAUACUUUGUAAAUUAUUUUAGGGACAGUAAAAGUACUGUACGCUAUUUCCUCUUUAUCAUAAGCGAUUGUGUAUACACUGUAUUCUUUCCUUGAACAAGUGAAGCUAUUAUGUAUAUCAGGUGCAGUUGCAUAUAUAGCCCUUGUAGUAUCCG